AUGUCAAAACCUUGGAGCAAAAUUGGCGCAUGGGCAGCCGAUGCCGAGCAAGCCGAAGAAGAGGAGCGUGCAGCCGCUGCAGCUGCCGUUUCUCAAAGCUUCCCUAGCCUGAAAGAAACUGUGGGAGCCGCUAAGCCUAAAAAGAAAAUUAUGUCUCUCAACGAAUUUCACACGACAUCAAUCGGCGGCGGUGUUGAAUCCAAAGGCUUGACUCCUGACGAGAUGCUCCGCCUCCCUACUGGUCCAAAAGAGCGUUCCGCUGAAGAAAUGCAGUAUGGUGGACGCCUUGGAGGUGGAUUUUCCAAUUACGGUCGAAGCGGGCCGCCUUCCGGACGUAUGCGUGAUCGUGAAGACAGCGAUGGGUCUUGGGGAGGUGGUAGAAGGCAAUUUGGCGGUGGUUUCGAUGAUGAACGGAGAGGGCCACCUCCUUCUAGGGUUUCUGAUUAUGAUCAGCCUUCGCGUGCUGAUGAGGUUGAUAAUUGGGCAGUGGCGAAGAAAACGCUGCCUUCUUUUGAUUCUGGACGACAAAGCCGUUACGGUUCACUCGGAAGCGGUGGUGGUGGAGGUGGUUUGGGAGGUGCUUCUAGGGCUGAUGAAGUUGAUAACUGGGCAGUUGAUAAAAAACCGUUACCUACUCGAUCUUCUACUUUUGGUUCGGGUUUUCGUGAUUCUGGAACGGAGCCUGAUCGCUGGAACAGAGGACGAUAUCGUGAGCCAGAGAGGGAAAGGCCUAGAUUGAUUUUAGAUCCACCAAGAGGUGAAGUUGGAGUUAAUGAGCCAGUGAAAACAAACAGGCCUAAUCCAUUUGGGGCAGCAAGGCCGAGAGAAGAUGUGUUGGCAGAGAAAGGAUUGGAUUGGAAGAAGCUAGAGAUGGAAAUGGAAGCUAAGAAGACUUCAAGCUUACAAUCUAGCAGGCCAACUAGUGCACAUUCUAGCAGACCUUCCAGUGCGCAAUCGAGUAGGUCUGAAGGGCCAGGGCUGCAGCAACAAGGAUUUGAGAAUGUGGCUGUGAAGCCGAGGCCGAAGGUGAAUCCUUUUGGAGAGGCAAAGCCCAGGGAACUGUUGUUGCAGGAAAGAGGUCAGGAUUGGAGAAAGAUUGACCUUGAGUUGGAGCAUCGUGGAGUUGAUAGGUUAAGGCUGUUGAAUUUGAAUAAGCUGAGCUCAAAAUCAGACAAGUUGGUUCGACCCUGUGUUGCUGGAAUUGUUCCUCCUGUUGUUGUUCACGCUGAUUAG